GCUCGUCAACAUAAUCCAGGUACCAUAGACAAGACCAUGGGUAACAUGUUGUACCAUGUGGCCACCAAGUUGAAGUCUCAGAUCAGAAACAAGCAAGGGUUACUGGUGGAGUACAUUGCUAAGAAGAAAUUAGCCACAGAACAACAGCUCAAUGCUGCACUCGACUAUCUACUUCACCAUCCAAUGGACCCGACAGAUAUUAAAGCUUUUGAAACAGCGUGUGGGGUCGGGGUGGAAGUUUCUCCAGAACAGAUUGAGGAAGCAGUUGAAGCUGUGAUAAAGAAAUACAAGUCCAAACUGGUGGAAGAGAGAUACAGAUUCAACAGUGGCCUUUUAUUAAAGGAAGCAAGGGAGACGUUGAAGUGGGCGGAUGGCAAGGCUUUAAAAAAUGAAGUUGAUAUCCAGCUGCUGGACUUACUUGGACCAAAGACUGCCGAAGAUCUGGAAAAACCGAAGGACAAGAAAGAAAAGAAGGGCAAAAACAAAGCAGAACAGAAGUCCACCUCAAUGGCAGCAAAAAAUGAUGAUUCUCUGGGGGAUUCCAGUAAUUAUAUGAGUGCUACAGGAGAGGUGAAAACCUUCAUGGAUAUCAUGGGUGAUGCUGUUAAGUUUCAUAAGCCAGGGGAGAAUUACAAAACAGACGGCUAUGUUAUAACACCAAACACAAUGAAUCUUAUGAAGAAGCAUCUUGAGGAAACGGGCGGUCAGGUAGUGACCCGUUUCCCACCAGAACCAAAUGGAAUCCUCCAUAUUGGUCACGCAAAAGCCAUCAACUUUAACUUCGGCUACGCCCUUAAAAACAAUGGUAUUUGUUACUUGCGUUAUGAUGACACCAAUCCAGAGAAGGAGGAGGAGAAGUUUUUCACGGGAAUUUUGGACAUGGUACAUUGGCUGGGUUACUCUCCUUACCAAGUGACCCAUGCGUCGGACAACUUCCAGCAACUGUACGAGUGGGCCGUGGAACUGAUAAAGCGCGGACAUGCAUACGUUUGCCACCAAACAGUGGAGGAGAUUAAAGGAAUCAACCCUCCACCGUCGCCAUGGAGAGACCGGCCCAUUGAGGAGUCUCUGAUACUCUUUGAGGACAUGAAGAAGGGGAAGAUAGAUGAGGGGAAGGCCACCCUUAGGAUGAAGACCACCCUGGAGGAUGGAAAGAUGGACCCUGUGGCUUACAGGAUUAAAUUUGCUCCGCAUCACAGGACAGGGGAUGAAUGGUGCAUAUAUCCCACUUAUGACUACACUCAUUGUUUGUGUGACUCCAUUGAAAAUAUCAGCCAUUCUUUGUGUACUAAAGAGUUCCAGGCCAGACGGUCCUCAUAUUACUGGCUAUGCAAUGCUCUAGAUGUUUACUGCCCUGUACAGUGGGAAUAUGGCAGGCUAAAUUUGAACUACACUGUAGUAUCCAAGAGAAAAAUUGCCAAACUUAUCGACUCAGGAAUCUGUAGAGACUGGGAUGACCCAAGGCUAUUCACUUUAACAGCUUUAAGAAGGAGAGGAUUUCCCCCAGAAGCCAUUAACAUGUUCACUGCAAAAGUCGGAGUGACCAUGUCCCAGACUGUCAUUGAUCCUUCCAUGUUAGACUCCUGUGUGAGAGAUGUACUGAAUGUCAAGGCUCCCAGAGCCAUGGCUGUCCUUGACCCUCUCAAGGUCACAAUAACUAAUUUUCCGUCUGAAACGACGGAGAUUGAAGUCCCAGACUUCCCUGCAGAAGAGUCCAGAGGCUCACACAAAGUUUCUUUUGGAAAAACAAUUUUUAUUGAAAAGACAGAUUUUAAAGAGAAAAAUGAAAAAGGUUACAAGAGGUUAGCUCCAGACCAACCAGUUGGACUUCGACAUGCUGGCUUUGUCAUUUCUGUAGAGAAAGUCAUCAAGGACAAUGAUGGAUCUGUUUGUGAACUGGAGGUCAGUUGUAAGAAGGUGGCUGAUGCAGAGAAACCAAAGGCGUUUAUUCACUGGGUGGCAGACCCUGUCAUCUGCGAAGUGCGACUGUAUGAAAGAUUAUUUAGACAUAAAAAUCCUGAAGACCCGAAUGAAGUUCCUGGAGGAUUUUUAUCAGAUUGUAACAAGGAUUCUCUGACAGUCCUGCCCUCGGCCAUGGUGGACCAGUCCGUAAGGGGUGCCAAGGUCUACGACAAGUUCCAGUUUGAACGCCAGGGCUACUUCAGUGUGGAUCCAGACUGGACGGAGAAAAAGUUGGUAUUCAACAGAACACUCACACUAAAAGAAGAUCCUGGGAAGAACUAGAAGGCACACUGAUGGGUGGUGCAAGGAACAGGAAGAAGUGCAAUGCUAGAAAUUAGAAAUAAGAAACACCUAGGAAACGGACGCCAUAGAAAAUCCACCUACAUGUUCUGGAUAAGAAAUGUUGUUCUUUUAUCCUAAUCACUGUCCAAGAAGUACUGAAGAACUGGAAGUGAUGUAAAGUAUAUUUAUAACUUGACAAUACCAUACCAAAGCAGUUGCGGGUAGUACAUGAAAGAAGAAGCCUUUUGAGGAGAAACUGAAUGAUGAAUGAAGUAGUAGCAAGUGACAAGGGAAAGAAUAGGACAAGGCACUAAUAUAUGUUUGAGAUAGGGAAUAAAAUAGAACAAGGCACUGAUAUAUGAUGUUUGAGAUAGUAAUGUUUUUUUUUCUUUUGUAUGCUUCAGGUAACAAUGUCCAAAAAAAAGAAGUUAAAAAUGUGAUACUAGUAAAAAUUCUGUGGAUAAUAAUGUCCUGCUGUUUAAAAAAAGAACAGUAGUACAAUAUCUAUUCAGUAUGUAUUUUAUAUGAACAACAUCACGGGCAGCUGUUUAUCCCUUGUCAUAAAGUGUAUAAAAAAUAAUUGGAAUUGUUUUAAGUAUGAAACUUUUUCAGUUAAUGUAACAUAUUGAUCAGACAUU